AUGCCGUCCGUGAAGCCCGAGUACGAGGUCCUGGCGGCGGCUGUGACGGGGAGGCUAAGAGGGGACCCUUCACUUCCUCUCGACGAGGAGCCGGAGGAGGAGGAGCCCCUUGCCGGGGAAGACGAAGAAGAGGAGCCCCGCCCCCCGGAGCGAUUCUUGGAGAUGCACCGCCUGGCUCACAUCGUGAAAACCAUCGACCGGGCCGUGGCCGUGGUGCCCAAGGGGGCCCUCCUUGUUGAGGCGUCCCGCAAGAUCCGGCCUCACCGCAACUUCGAGGGCCUGUCGGUAGAGGCGGCAAAAGAUCUCAGAAGCUACUUUCACUUCAGGAACCCGGAGAGUAUCGAGGCCAUCGCGGCGCUUACGAAGAAGGGCUUGGUGAGAGAUGCCGACUUCCUUGACCCCAUCGCCGCCGACAAGCCGCCGGGGUGCUGGACGCUUUCGAUGAACCCCUCGGUCUCGUGCUCGGUACUGCGCAGUCUAGCGUGGCCAGGAUACUUUUUCUUUCACGAGGCGGAAACAGGGGACUACGGCGGGGCGUACUUCGGAGAUGGGCUGCCGAACACAGACCUGCAGUUCAUGCUGUAAUCGGUAGAUCGUGUUUUGGUCCACGUGCGAGUGGGACGGGGACGUGCGCGACGCGAAUAUGAGGGGCCGCGUGUGUCCUUGUUGGUUUGAAAU